AUGGAAUUAGUCAGACAACUCGCUGGUCUUUCUGUUUCACAUAUAAGACAAUUUCGUGAUGAUGAUUCUUAUGUUGAUCGACUCAGUCAUCGAUAUACAACAACUAUAUGUGUGGUUUUUGCUAUUCUUGUCACGACAAAACAGUAUGCUGGUGAUCCUAUUGAUUGUUGGGUACCAGCUCAAUUUAAACCAUCUUAUGAAGCAUACACAGAUAGUUAUUGUUGGAUUGCUAAUACUUAUUAUAUUCCUAUUGAUCAAGAACUACCUGAUGAUGAAACUAGUCGACGAAAUAAAGAUAUUCUUUAUUACCAAUGGGUACCAUUCAUAUUAUUAUUUCAAGCAUUUUUGUUCUAUUUUCCACGUAUUGUUUGGCGUACACUUAAUGUUAAAUCAGGUCUUGAUUUAGUAAAUCUUAUUGAUGCAGCAAUAAAAUAUGAACAAGUUGAACAGUAUGAAUCACGAGAUCGUAUAAUGAGUUAUUUAAUUGUUAAUAUUGAACGUUAUAUAUCCGCACGAGCACAAUUGACACGACAUCAUAUUGAAAAACGUUUUUCAACUUUUCGUCGAUUCUGUCAAUUAUUUAUCUUUUGUUCAAAUCGUCAUUAUGGAAAUUACCUUGUUAUUGUCUAUUUUCUUGUCAAAUUAAUGUGGCUUGUUAAUGCAUUAGCACAAUUAUUUUUAUUAAAUGCUUUUUUAGGCAAUGAUUAUUAUUUAUUUGGUUUUGAAGUUAUUGAAAAAUUAUUUAAAAAUCAACGUUGGACUGAAAAUAGACAUUUUCCUAAAGUGACUUAUUGUGAUUUUAAAAUUCGAGAAAUUGGUAUUAAUCAUUUUUAUACAGUGCAAUGUGUAUUAAGAAUAAAUUUAUUCAAUGAAGUCAUUUUUAUUAUUCAAUGGUUUUGGCUUAUAGCAAUUAGUGCCGCAACGAUUUAUGAUUUUCUUGUUUGGUUAUAUCAUUGCACUGUUCCACGUGAAAAAAUUCAUUUUGUUAAACGUCAUCUUGGUAUAAUGUCAUCUUUUCAUCCUCAAGAAGAACGUCAAUUAGCACGUGAUUUUGUUUUACAUUAUUUAAAAGAUGAUGGAGUUUUUGUUACACGUUUACUUUCAGUAAAUAGUAGUGAUCUUGUUGUAACAGAAAUUAUUAAUCAAUUAUGGAUACGUUUUAAAACAAUUAAUCGUCUUUAUUCAUCAUCUCAUAGUCAACAGCAAACUUUACAUGACAAUAAUAUAAAUACGAGUACACUAGGAACAAAUUUAAAUUAUCAAAAUGGUAAUACAUCAAUACAUAAUACUCAACGACAACGAACAUCGCGCAUUCCACCACCAUUACCAUCAUUUUUACAUCGAACAAUGCAUCAACAAUUAAUUAAUGACAAACCAGAAAAUAUUCAUGAGACGUCAAAAUCAUCCAAAGAUACUGAUGUUUAA